GCGGCUGGCUGGCUUGCUCGCUCUGCCGGCCGGGGAUUCUCUUGGGGCGCCUCUGGACUCAGCCCGGAAGGCAGGCGAGCAGGUUGCGCGCUUGCAGCAGAGCCGGGGAAGGAGGAGGAGGAGGAGGAGGAAGAAGGGUGGGGGUCUUGGCCCGCCUCCAUGGCUCCCUCGGCCACCCUGAGGCACCUGGGCUUGGCGCUGGGGGCAGCGGUGGCGGCGCUGGGCUCGCUCCUCUUCAUCGCCUGGAAGGUCUACUUCCGAGACGCCAACGACAGCUGCAUCGGGUGGAGGGCGCGCUGGGAGCAGCAGCUGGGAGCCGAGCUGCAGCGGGAGAAGGCGGCUUCCCAGGACGAGGAAGAGCCACAUUCAUGUGAAUAUCAGGUUUUGGUUCUCGGUUUGGACGGAGCUGGAAAGAGCAGCAUUAUCCAUUACGUCUGCAAUACAGAAGCUCAGAAAGACAUAGCACCCACGCAGGGCUUCAACUCAGUGCAACUGCAAGCCAAUGGGCUCCAGCUGGACCUCCUAGAGGUUGGCGGCAGCCAGAAUCUACGCUUCUACUGGAACCACUACCUGAGCAAAGCCCAUGUUCUGGUAUUUGUAGUGGACUCGGCAGAUGGCUCUCGCCUUCCUAUCGCCCAGCAGGAGCUCCACUGCCUGCUAUCUGAGGACUCUCAGUUACCUUUGAUAGUGUUGGCUAACAAACAGGACAAGAGUGAUGCACUGAGUGUGACAGAAUUAAAGAAGGAGCUGGGCUUGCACACGUUGAACAGUCAACGGGAAUUCUUUCUGCUGCCCACAAGUGCCACCCAUGCUGGCUUGGAUACAGCAAACAGUGUUCUCCAUCUGAAAAACCUACUGAUCAAGCUUCUUGCCCAGACCUGAAGGAUUGACAUUUCAAGGAUACUGAAGUCAGGUGGACUUCCCAUGACUUUGUUCUUCACACUCACAGCAGCUGCUGCUUCAGAUAUUUCCCUGCAGAGUAAGGACAAAACAAAAUUCUUCUGGGUAUUCCCUCAAUGUUUUUUUUAACUUACAGGGUCUUGCUGCCCGUAUGACCAUGGAAACUGAACCUACAGUUUGGUGGAAAUAUUGCCGAGGUAGACAGAGUGGCUCACUGGAAAAACAAGUCUUGGAAGAGAGCUAAGAACAUAAUAUUAUGAACUGUAAUAUCAUACAUAUGGUUAGGACUAUCAUUUUGUUUUAUAAGACCUACUGUCAUCAGUAUAGAAAGAAGAAUGAACUUGCCCAGUGAUAAGCUAGUGUUUCCCUUUGUAUGUGGACAGACUGGAAUAUUUUGCCCAAUCCUGUCACUUUGGGAAAUUGGGAGUUAAUUUUGCAGACAUGCUUGGCAGAGAACAGGGUGCAUUAUCUCAGGGUAACUGGAAGCAAAGUCUUAAGUGUGUAAACAGCUGCACCAAAGACUUAUCCCAGUGCUUUUAAAGGAAUCAGUUAUGCUCCUGACCAGUGAUUAUACAAGAUAAAUACCUGGUAGCCUAGCCACCAGCCCAAGACAACUGCAAGGUAAAGUGUGUCAUCACAACUCCACCGCCCACAAACAGCUUUCCGCAGUACUCUUGCAACUAGUGGCAUUUUUCUUCAGUUUUGAGCAGAUGUCCAAAUGGUUUGUUUCCUCAGAACAGUUCCUCUGUAGUACUUAAUAGAAAUGUAUUUGCUGAUUGCUUCCAACGUAAUACCUGUAGCAGGGCUGCAAAUUUCCAAGAAGGGCUACACAAGAGAAACAUAUGUAAGUAGGUGCACGUGAGGAAUUCACACAGGAUAACUUCUACAGCAGUGUAGCUGAGCAUCCCUUUGUCUGCAGCUCCAUUUAAUCUUUAUCACUCAAGGGCUAAGUCCAAUCAUGUGAUUUUGCUCUGCCCUGGAAGCAACAAAGAAUUUGUAAACAGUCGGGGCUGUGGCAUAAGACAGUAAAUCACCCCAUCUGGGCUACCAGUGAUUUUGAACCAGUUACUUCCAGGGUAAACAAAACUGGUCUUCACCAGAUUGCUAUUUCGCCUCUGGAGGAAGGUAUCCAGCCAGCCAGACCUGUGCAGGGAAUUUAUUCCCAGUAGCAGGAAAUUAACCCAGCCAUUACAUUUGCCACUGCUUUCCCUCCCAUAUCCCCUUUUCUGUAGCAGGUGAAUAGAAAUAUUGUCUGAAUAUGCACUAGGCUUUUAUUAAAGCUGACAAUCUCUCAAUCCGCAUUAUUUUAUCCUGUCACAAUAUAUAGGGAUCUUGAUUUGUGACAAUAAAAGCCUCACUUUAUAUGGCCUGUAGAAAAUGAAUAUUGGUAAAUAAUUGUUUACACAAGGUUUUCUGUGUCUCUAAACUUUGACUUGUUACCUCAGAUAUGACAUGUGAAGUCCUCAGAACUGGGAAAAAUUAGAAAAAAUGCAUCAUAGAUAGUAAUGCUGUUAGGAAGGGCAAGCUCAAGGAAUAUUAAGCUAUGGGCCCUUCACUAGACUUAAUCCUGGUCUUCAAAGCUUUUCUGGACAGAUAACCACACAAUAGGCAUUAAUCUAAGCAAGAAUUGUUCUCUCCUGAUGCUUCAGAAAGCUUACCAAGGCCAAUUUUCCUUGUGAGUCUCAACACGAUUAUCUCAGCUUUGGUCUCCAGACCCACUAAAACAGAGGAUUACAUAUUACUGUAAAAAUGUGGAGCAAAGUAAAUCAACAGGUUUUAACAAUGUUUCUGGAUCAACCUAUUUAUAUUCCUUAUUAAACUGUAUUUGAAAAUA